GAUGGCUAGCCUGGAUUAUUUUCUGUUUACACUGGACGCUUGAUAAACUUCAAUUGAUAAAAUAAAAAUAAAUAUCUUGGGAUAUUUUAAAACUAAAAUAUAAACAUAGUACUGAUAAUCUAGAAAAGCUAAAGAUGUAAUAUUUCCUAAACAUGUAAUCAUAUGGGUGAAAGUUUAAACGAACGAAUAGAUAAUUUACGUAAACGAAGUAGAUUUUUAUUAGCAGAAGUAGAUAAGAAUUCUAAUAAAGUUAAAAAUGAAAUUAAAAAAUUAAAUUCCCAAAAUUUAAUAUGCAGAGAAGAUUGUAAAAAUCAUGUUGGCAAAAUAAAUUCACAAAACUUAUGCUACAAGAGAAAUAAUAAGUCAUGGAAAUUAAGAAAUGAUUCUAGUGGAGUGAAUGGAGCUUUGCAUUUAGACUAUUUCCGUAAUACCUCUAAUCAAACGCUUACAUCAAUGCCCAACACAACGAAUGCCUCAACAACAAAGAAAACAUUAAUAUCUUCAAAAAAACAUUCUGACAAUCAACACUGUUUGGAUAUUCGCAGAAAACCAGUAAAAGGAUGUUAUUGCUCUGAAUUAAAAAAAUUACAACAAAAAUCAAUAAAAACACAAAGUAAAUCAUGUUAUUGUAAAAAAUGUAAAAGUCAUAUUCUUCCUGCUAUAGUAAUAGAAGAUAAUUAUGAAAAAUCAACUAUAUCUACACCCAUUAGUUGUGAAACAUUGAGAAGAGUUCAAAAGAUAGAUUAUGUACCCAAAUCUCAAUUUUUACGUAAUGUCAGAAGCAAAAUUUCUCUCCUGCAAUCAGCAGCAGGAGAUUGUCCACAGAUCUGUUCUAAAUCGCAGUGUUAUCAUAAACUUAUGACCAAAAAAGAUAUAUGUAGUAUUCCAGACACUUAUAAAUCCAUAGAGGAAUUGAAAACAGAUGAAAUUAUUCCUGAUUUAACAAAAACAAAAGUCAGUGAAAAAUAUUCAAGUUCUGAAACUGAAAGUAUAGAAAAAAGUGAUAAAGGAAUUCAGGUAUCUUUAAAAAAAAAAUCAAAGAUUCUUUCUUCAACAUCUAUACCUUAUAUACCUAGUAUAUCUGAUAUGAAAAAAAUACAAGAUGACAAAAUAGAUCAAUAUCAGGAAGAAAAGCCAAAAGUUUGCAAAAAUGAUUUAGAAAAGAAGGAUAAUGCUGAUUCAGAAAAAUAUCAAAACACAGUCUGUGUAAAGAAAUCAGUAGAUGAAAUUGAACAAAAACAUCCUUCUGAUAAAGAAAUGAAAGAUUUAAAUAAAUUUCGUGAAAAAAAUUACUUUGACACACACGGAUCUAAUGAUAUUUUAGUAUCAUCUAAAUCUUCUGGUUCCUUGGAACAAUAUUUCUUAAAUGACAGAUUAUUCCCUGAACGAUCAAGAACUAUUCAUAAGAAAGAUUUGGUUGUAACAAUGCCACCUUGCGCUACUACGCAACUAAAACGAAUACAUUAUUUCCCUAGAUAUAUUGUUCAUCAAGAAAAGAGUAAUUGUAAUACAAUUGGUAAAAAGAAACGUUGCCAAACCUGUCCUUUGACUGGCCAUGCCAUAGAUCUUGGUAUUACAAAAAUAAAAGUACCUUUGAACAGUUUAGCCCUUAAGUUUCAAAAACGAUUGCCUUAAACAAAAAACUAUUUUAUUGCAAUAAAUAAAACUAGGAAAAAAUAAAGUAAAUAAAAAUCUAAUAAUUUAAUUAUAUCUUUCUUUUUUUUAACAUCAAUACAGAAUUUUAGAAAAUCUAUUCCAUUUACUUUAUUCCAAAUCUUUAAUUUUGUACAUAUUUUUGAAUAUAAAUUGUAAUAAUUAAAUCAACCUCACAUAUUUUUACUCAAAGCAUAGUAAGCUGUGAUUGAGAAUUAUUAAUCACGUGAUUAUUGAGAUUAUUAAUGUCUUGUAGAAUGUAUUUUACAAUUAAGUUUCAUGUAAAACUCUCGAUAUCUGACAUGACAUUUGAUAACGUGAUUUAAACAAAUAUUUGGAAUUGUUGUAUCUUUUUUACUUUCAUAAAAAGAAAAUAAAUAGUGAUAUAUAAUGUAGUA